GUUUUACUAGGAAUAUCAAGGUUAAAAUAUAUUUACUGUAGUAAAACCAUGGUAAAUAUAUUGCGAGGGAAAGCAAAACUAUUUCAGAAAAACAAAAUCCAGCUCACAUUCCAGAAGACAUUCCAAAGAGCUCCAAUAAAACAAGCACCCUUGAAUGCUUGAAUGCAACUCAAUGUAGAAUUCUACUUUAGCCAUACAGCGCCCCCUGGAGGAUGACUAGUUCAUUGUGUUCACGACAGUGGAGUGCGCGUUUGCGGCAGCAGUUUGAGUGAGAGCACACAAAACAAUCCGAAGAAGAGAGAGAACAAAUACUACAAAAGGCAAAUCUGGUUCUUUGGGCCUCCAAACAUCACAGCAUUGAAGCCACUCCCACAACAAUUCAUCAAUAAAUACUGUAAAUAUUCCAUCAUCCUACAAGAGAAGAAGUUCUUCAGACCAGCAGGAAGAUCUCCAGGUGUAACAACUGAAGUCUGUGUGAUAUACUAUGGAAAAGAUGGAGUUUGUUAAAGAGGAGAAAGAAGACAUGCGUUAUCUAGAGCCAUACAACAUAAAACAUGAAGAUACUGAGGAACAAAUAGACAUCAUAAAAGUGAAAGAAGAAAGCCAAGAACUGAAUGAAGUGGUGGAGGAACAUCAGUAUCAGAAGCCUCAUCAUUUCUUAAGUGGAGAAAAAUCCUUUUUUAGUUAUGCAGAGACUGAAAAUAAUUUCUCACAAAACAAAACUCAAACAACAGAGGACAAAAACUCUUUCACCUGCUCUCAGUGUGAAAAGAGUUUUACACGUAAAGAACACCUUAAAACACACUUAAGAAUUCACACUGGAGAGAAACCUUUUACAUGUACUCAGUGUGGAAAGAGUUUCACAAAUAAACACACCCUUGAGAUGCACUUGAGAAUUCACAGCGGAGAGAAACCUUACUCAUGCACUCAGUGUGGAAAGAGUUUUGCACGUAAAGACAGUCUUAAUAACCAUACACGAACUCACACUGGCGAGAGGCCUUUUAAAUGCCCUGAGUGUGGCAAGAGUUUUAAAUGGUUAACCAAUUUCAAAGAUCAUCUACUCUCUCACUCUGGUCUAAAGCCUUUUCACUGUGAUCAGUGUGGUGAAAGUUUUAUUUCAGCAUCAGUUCUAAGAAAACAUCUGAAUGUUCAUGCAAGGCCGUACUUGUGUUCAUGUGGAAAGAGUUUUUCAUGGCUGAAGUGUUUGAAAGCUCAUGAGAAAACACACACUGGUGUUAAAGAUCAUGUGUGCUCUGAGUGUGGAAAGGGCUUCUCUACAACCGGCCACUUGAAAAGACACCAGAGAAUUCAUACUGGAGAAAAACCUUACAAGUGCACACAUUGUGACCAGUGCUUCGCUGUGUCAGGAGACCUGAAAACACAUGAGAGGGUUCAUACAGGAGAGAAACCGUACAAGUGCUCACAUUGUGACAAAAGUUUCGCACAGUUAGGACCAUUGAAAAGACAUCAGAGAGUUCAUACUGGAGAAAAACCGUACCACUGUCCUCCAUGUGGAAGGAGCUUCACCCAGUUACAUCAUCUAGUGGUUCAUAUAAAAAAGCAUUGUCCAGGUAACAAAGGUCAUAAGGAAUAAUUUGAGAUUUAGGUUUAUUAAAGAUAGGGAUUGUCCGAUCUAAAACGUUAUUUUGUAUGUAGUGGUGUAGUUGCCCUUGUUUACCACAAGAAAUUUUGUAAAAUGUUAGAGUAUUAGUUCAGAAAACUACUUUUUUGAAGUUGAAUGCUAUUUAAAGCUCGAAAUUCAUUAUUUACCUCUGCAACUCUGUGAAGGAGUGCUAUGUCGCAAAAACUGUUUACACUUAAAAUGUUAAAGUCUCCGAAUACAUAAGUCAGGCAUAUGAGGUAUUGUUUGAAAACGUAGAAUAUGAACUUUUCAUAGAUAACCAUCACUUCUGCAUUUAUAUUACAUAAAAUAACAAAACAAGGCCUGAAAAAAUUUGCAUUGCAAAUCAGCGCCACCUAGAAAUAUUAAUAUGAAUAUAAAAGUCUUUCAAAUAGCACUUAAAAAAACAAAUCAUAUUAAAGCUCUCAUUCUCGGGAAUGUGACUUUACAGUUUAUUUUGUUGCCCAAAUACCACAGUUCAAAAGAUUUUCAAAAGAAUUACAAAGUGAAAUAUGAUUUCUGUAAGACGUCAAAACACCUUAAUGCACCGAUCACUGCUGCUGUAAGCCCUAAAUAGCUAAAAACGUUAUAUCUGCUUUUACCUUAGGCAGUUUUCUAAAAAAUUUAUCAUUUUUACUUGUCUGUGAGUUUGCUUGUGUGAAUAAUAUAAUGUAUUGUCUUAGAUGUCCAGAACAAAAUAUGUGGUCCAGCAGGAAAAGCAUGUUAAGCAAAUAAUCGGAAAUGUAUAUUAUCGACUAUUGAUGAUAAAAUGUUAUACCAGGAAAUUUGUCUGUAUUAGUGAUGUGUCGUUCAUGAACAAUUCGUUCAUUUUGAAAGAAUCUUUUAUGUGACUCAGAAGAACGAGUAGUCUCAGAGAGUGAUUCGUUCAUUUUGUGUUGGCCGCGCAUGUGCAUUGCGCAACCUCCGUUCAUUUGUUACGUGAAAACAUAAAUGAUUAGUUCACCUUUCAACUCUUUUGGUCUGAGUCGUUCGUUCUUUUGUCACAUGAAAGCCAUAUACGCUAUGCAUUGCUCACAUAGGAAACAGAAAUGAUUAGUUAACCUCUCGAGUCAUCUGGUCCAAGUCAUUUGUUCUUUUGUCACGUGACAGCCAUAUAUGCUAUGCUCAUACGGCUGUCAAGUGACAAAGAAUGAACGACUCGGGCAAGAAGAAUCCAGAGGUGAACUAAUCAUUUCUGUUUCUCAUAAUUUGUCCUUGGCUGCAUUAUCAGUUUUUCCUUAUUGGGACUAUAAUCAAAGUUUGCGUAAGUAGACAUGUUGGGGGAGAUUUGACUAUUGAAAAUGUAACAUUUUAAUUUAAUUCUACUCAAAUGAACAAAAUGAUGAAUAAAGAUUUGUUCAUUUUCUGAACGAGACUCAAAGAUUGAAGUCAGUAAAAUUAUCCGAUCUUCCCAUCACUAGUCAGAAUGUCUAUAAACGAGCACAUAUAUGAGGGCUAAAAUGCGUUAGAACGCCACCUGCAUUUCAGAAUGUCAUUUUGUGACGGAAGGUAAUAGAGGAAAAUGUAUUUUUUUCUAGUUCUUGCUGCCAUCUAGUGGAGAUUUUGGAGGGAGAUGGGGUGAACAGAACCAGAAUUACAUGCUUAUAAAGUUAGGACAACAACAAAAAAUAUUUAAAAAUUAUAUUCAUCAUAAGAUUUUAAACAUAUACAGUAUUAUUUAUGAAUAAUUGGAGUCUUUUUAAGGGGGGGUGGGGGUUGUGUUCUGAAAAACAUUUGACCAAUUUUUGACAAUUGGUCCACAGAAUGUCUAAAUGGUGAGCUUUUUAAUUUAAGUGUGAAACAUUGCAGGCGGCAGCCCAAAAAUGCUCCAGAGUUGAAAUGGUUAAUACACCUCUCAAAACAAACAUGUAAAAAGAAACACAUAAGCAAAAUAAACUGAAUAAAGAUUGUUUGUAUGAAACAGUUGUGU